CCUGAUCAAUAAUUCCUUCAAUCCGAACAGGAGAGAGGAGAGGUGCUUUCCAUCAGCACACUAGACUAGAUUCCCGGGCACGGCCACACUUGCUGAUUGGCGCGAGUCCUGACCAGUAGUAUUAACGUGGAGACAUUCCAUCGAAACAGGCCGGGAUAAGCAUGACAGAGGUGCGACGUGGACGAAUGGGCGAUGCUGGAAGGUUAGCUUAACCAAGAGGUAAUAGCACCCCAAGUCCCUGUACUUGCAUAGCAUGUGAUGGUUUAGUCUUUAUACUUGCAAAAAUGGAUUGGACAGUCCUUGAACUUCCAGCACACGAGCAAGUUUAGUCCUAAGCCAAUCACGUGCAGCCAAGUGGACGAGCUGGUCAGCGCGGCAUAUUUUACACUUAGGCCCCUACUGUUUUACUCUAUCUACCCGCAGUGCCUCCUCUCUGUCGGAAUAUUCCAGCCGCUCCCGUGACGCUGAGGAGAAUCCAAAGGAGCCGCUCCCGUGAAGCACCUCAAGCUGCUCCGCCCCGACGACACGCUCCUGCUCGGCCGCGUCUACCGCCUCGUCAGCUUCGAAGGGGUGCUGAAGGAGUUCGCGACGAAGCGGCACGUCAAGCUCAGCCGCGUCAUGGUCAAGGUCAAGGACGAGGAGGUGCCGGCGACGAAGCCGGCCAAGCCUAGGCGCCGGCGUGGCAGCGGCGGCGCCGGCGCUGACGCCGGCGUCGUGCGCGAGGAAUCAGACCGGUCGCUCGCAAAGGUGCGUUCGCAUGCAUCUCCCAGUUUCCGAAUGUUCACUCGCACAUGCAUUGCAACCACCGCCUCGGCCCAAAUCUUUUUGUGAUCCGUUCGGUCGCCAUCGACGGAGAUGAUGGACCGAUCCAUCGCAGCUCGUACCAAUAUCUUCGCCGGCAGCCUGGACCAGCACCUGUUCAGCUCGGCGCCGGGGUCGCGGCCGGGGCAGCCGCUCGGGUGGGAGCUCCGGUACAGCAUCGUCCAGGGCGUGGCGUCGGCGCUGCACUACCUGCACGACCAGUUCGACCAGCGGGUGGUGCACCGCGACCUCAAGGCCUCCAACAUCAUGCUGGACGCCGCCUUCACCGCGCGCCUCGGCGACUUCGGCCUGGCCCGCACCAUCGAGACGGACAAGACCUCCUACAUGGAGGAGGCCGGCGGCGGCGUGCACGGCACCGUCGGCUACAUCACCUCCGAGUGCUACCACACCGAGAAGGCCACGCGUGAGUCCGACGUCUACGCCUUCGGCGCCGUCCUCCUCGAGGUGGUCUGCGGCCGCCGCCCGCGCUGCGACAUCGACGGCUUCCACUUCCUGGUGGACUGGGUGUGGCGCCUCCACCGCGACGGCCGCGCGCUCGAGGCCGUCGACCCCAGCCUCGACGAGGACGACGCCGAGCGCCUGCUCAUGCUGAGCCUGGCCUGCAGCCACCCGACGCCCGCCGAGCGGCCCAAGGCGCAGGCCAUCUCGCAGAUCCUGCUCCGGUCCAUGCCGAGGCCGGCGGUGCCGCCGUUCAAGCCCUCAUUCGUGUGGCGACGGACAGAGGGUUCGACACCAUGUCCACAACGGCGGGAUCGACGUCGAGCACGGUCGUGACGGCCACGUCCACAUGCGCUGGAAUAUUUCGACAGAGACGAGGCACUGCGGGUAGAUAGGGGAAAACGGUAGGGGCUUAAGUGCAAAAUGUGCCGUGCUGAACAGCUCAUCCACUUGGCUGCAUGUGAUAGGACCAGGACUAAACUUGCUCAUGUGCUGCAAGUUCAAGGACUGUUCAAUUCACUUUUGCAAUAUAUGGACUAAAUCAUCAUAAGUACAGGGACCUGCGGUGCUAUUACCUCCUUACCCAACUCAAUGGAAUGGAUCAGAUCAGACCUUGUGAGUGACGCCUGCACUGCACUAAGGCACUAACCCGGGCAAAAGCCACCGAUAAUGCAGCCGCCAGCAGCAAAGCACCCGUAUUCGCGCCCAAACAGAGCCCCAACCCCAGCCGAUGGUGUGAUGU